AUGCAGUGUUGGGCUACACUGUUGAAUCGAAUGCUAUGCAUAUUCCAAUGCUCAGAUGUUAGAUCGAUCGAUCGUGCGCACCCUAAAUCGGGCCAGUUCUGUGUUAGCAAACAUAGGCUACAGGAACAAUCCGUCACACGCUUCAAAUUUAGACUCUCAAUGCCUGGAGCUUCUUUAUCGCACUUGUCAACGAUUUUUUUGUGUAUUAAUGGAUAUUUUGUUCUAAAAAAGAGACACAAAAUUCAGUCUAAUCAGAUAUUAAAUUAUAACCUGAUCCGAGGUCUAAGUUUCAGGUUAUAUAUUCUAAAUUUGUGA